AAUUUUCUGGCUUAGCCACGCAGGGAGGUACACGCACCAUUUUCACGGAUAUUGUAAAGUAGUAGUCAUGUAUUCUUCAGGUUAACUGCAGAUACAGAGACGAGCCGGCAAUUUUCUUCAAGAUUUUUAAAUGCUAUCGAAGAAAAUACGCAAAUUUUGACCAAUAGCUGAGUACAAACAGACUGGAGAAUGGACGGCGGAGUGGUAGUAGUUACCAAUCCCUAUGUGGAUGUGCGGCUAUCAAGCACCAUCUCCUCUUUUGAUGCAAAGCGCAGGUUCAAUAGAGGGAUUAGUAUAGCAGAACUAAAGGCAAAACUGGAGAUGGUUGUGGGUGCGUCUGCCUCCUGCAUGGACCUGGAGUUAUUCAGUGUCUCUGACAAGUUCCUGCAGAAAAUGGAUGACAAUGAGGCCUUGCUCGGUUCCUAUCCUGUGGAUGAUGAGUGCAGAAUACAUGUUAUUGAUAGAAGUGGGGGUCAGAUGGACGAGUUCUCUGAUGUUUCCAAAGUGGAGAAAUUUGAACUGUCAGAGGAUGCUUAUGAAAAAAGAUCAGAGUCAGCAAGGUCAUUCAUGAAGAAGCAUCGUGUUGGUCGCUUCAAUGAGGAAGAAAAGGCCAAAAAGAAAGCUGAGCAUGCUGCUCGCGAAGAGGAACAGAAGGCUGCUGCUGAUGCCAUUUCUGUUGGCAACCGCUGUCAAGUGCAGGUUCCUGGGCAACCCACGAAGCUUGGCACAGUCAUGUAUGUUGGCACAGCAGAUUUCAAACCAGGCUAUUGGGUUGGUGUGAAGUAUGACGAGCCUUUGGGCAAACACAAUGGAACUGUUGAUGGGAAGCAAUACUUUGAAUGUGAGAACAAAUACGGUGCAUUUGUGAAGCCUCUGAGUGUGACUGUGGGAGACUUCCCUGAGGAGGAUUACGGUUUAGAUGAGAUGUAGGACUGUACAGUUUCUCCUGCCCUGAAAUUUAAGCGCCAACCUCAAGCUGUUUAUCUUCUCACCAAGCAGAGAAGACGAAGAGUCGUUUUCAUUCUAACAAAUGUUUACUUUUGGUUGCGCUUCUCUGGUGGGCAUUAUCCAAAGGCCUCAAGUUCUCUUUCAGUUUCUUCAGAGCAACAUGACAGAGUUGACUGUUGGGGUAUGAUCAUAACAAGUGAUAAUCACAAAAGAGGAGCUCACACCAACAAUGUCUCAUAAAGUCGAGGGCUUUUGUUGCAGCAUAUUAAAGGUUAAGUUGUGGACUCAUACUCCACACACUUAAAUUUGUCUUGCUUUAAUAGUACUUCUUGGUCCCAUGCAAUCUGUGGAUGGGAGUCUUCUAUGUAAUCUCACUGUCUGUUGGUAAUUUAAAGCUUAAUUUCUCCUCAUUUAGUUAAUGUCAGUGUGUACAAAGACGAUUGUAUAUAACUGUUUAUAGUUAACUGUAGCCUUAGCAUUUUUUUGAAGACUGUAAAUUCCUAAGAGAGUGGUCCGACAUUUGGACAACUGUCUGUUAAAGGAAAAAUUCACCCCGACAUACUUUGACACUAAAAUCAAAAGUGACAUUGUCGCCUGUAUUUCCAGCUAUGUAUUUCUAAUUGAGUUCAACCGGAGAAACGUUUUCCUGAUUAGUUUAAAAUUGGUGCUUAAUGGCCAAAUUUGUUUCCAUCAAUUAAUGACAGACAAGAAAUUCCCAGUUAGAGGAAAUAACAAUAAAUCCAUAUCAACUGUAGUCUCAGUCGUCCACAGUGUUGCACAGCUUCAGGCUGUAUUUUAACUCUACAGUACCACCCUCACAAUUUUGGGACAAAGCUCUUGCUCCUUUUUGCUGUAUUUUGCAGCUAUGGCCUUCUACAUAGACAUACAAUGCAUGGAAAAAGUGCCAAAGUGUGCAAGGGUAGAUAUUUCCUCUCUAAACAACAUUGUAUGCCCUCAAAUUUAAUUUCUCUUUGUAUGUAAAGAAUUUCAUUUGUAGCUUUCCAAGUUAAUAUAAGAUGUAACUGAUCUUUAUUUUUCUGUGACUGAAUUCCUCGUGUUAAAAAUUAAAUUGCCUGCACUUGAAUGUGUCUUGCUUAUAUUGAACCACUGUAAUAAAAAAUGUGUUUCAGGUUUAAUUUUUGAAGUGGUAAGGACCACAUUUACGCUUUUCUUACUUUAAAAGUGACCGAUUACAUUUCAACAUAUCUCUCUUAUUUAAACUUAGCUCAUCUGCAUACAAAUGGAUGUCAAAAUCAAAGUCAAUUCAAUGAUGAUGGACAGUUUGCUCAAGUAAUUAUAGAGUAUAUAGAAGCUCUGCUCCAAUAUAGGUAAUUUGGAUGAUGAAACAUGUUUGAAUCCAGUUUCAGUCUGGACUGUAAAUUCCUGCAUAUAUAUAUUUUUUAAUUCCCUCAGUUCUAUGUAAACAUGACACAUUGACUUUCAUACAGUAGAAGUACAAUCGCUGUUAGCACACUCCUUUCAUAACAUUUCCAUUCAUCCUUAAGUAGCAGGUCAUUUAGUGGAGAUGAGUGUUAACUUCUGAAACAUACCUGUUUGUUUUCCAUCUGUAGCACAAUCAUGAAAUGUAUGACAUCUGCAACUCACUAAUAGAUGUAUAUUUUUGAUGAAAAGAUUUUUCCAAGUUGGGCAUUGCAAAACGCUAAGGAACAGCAAAUAUGGUAAAACUGUCAUUUCACCCAUUUACUACUCACUGAUUAGUUAACUGCACUUUCUGUCAUCAUCACCACAACACUGACAAUGUGCAUUUCAAAUGAAUUAUAUGCCUUAUUUAUGUUUUGUUGUAUGUGACUGAGCAAAAACAAAUUCUAACAUGGUUUUUAUUUGUCCUCUAGAGCUUACAGAACCAAUGUAAAUGAGUUAUUCUUUUGGUUUGUAUUGAAUGAAAUGUCAUUACCACAAACAGAAAAAUGUAGUGUUGUUCUUUUCUUUUUGUUAAAUGUUCAUCUCUGAGGUGCUGGUGUUACUUUGUGCCAAAGAGUUCAUGCUUAAUAAUAAAAACUGUUUGCUGGAA